CUGUUGUCUUUACAGAAGCAGACUGACACAUCUUUCUCCUGAGGAGCAGCUCGUGGGUUCAAGCCUCCGACCUUUCAGCAGCUUUAACCCCUGCGCUACCGGGGCUCAACUACAGGUGUAGGGGUUAGGGUUUACAACACAUAUUUUUAGGGGGGCACGAUUCAAUCCAUAACACCAACAGAAUCAAAGAUUUUAGUAGAAAGAUGAUCUGCUUCUUAACUCAUCUGUGAUUUUAUAAUUUUUUAUGUUCCUAGUGACAGUGAUAUCAAAGAAGCAUUCUAUUAUGUGAUGAAGUAUUGGGGGAGGGAGGGUGCACUGAUCCUUCUGUUUACCAGAAAAAUUAAUUCAGCAGACUUUAAAAAAUAUUUUAAUAAAAAAGCUUUCUAAUAAAACACUAAACUUCCAAUCAUUGUUAGUAAUUCAGUUCUUUCUAAGUAUUGCAUAUGAAACACAAAACUCUGUAGUAUGUCUUCUGUAGUGUGUGUAUUGAAAGUAUUAUUGCUAUUUUAGAAUUAACAGUCCUUAGAUUUAGCAAUCUUACUGAAGUUCUGAGCAAUUAAAAAUUCUGUUUGUAAUUCUCCUUCCAUAGUAAAUCUUUUCAUUUUGCUGGUUAUCUCGUCACCUGGAGGUAAUUGAUCAUUGUCCAAACAUCUUUGCUUGAUAAUACUUUUACCCUUUAUCACGGCAUCUUGAUUUAAAAGUCUACUCUGUAGUUAGCUAGAGAGACAUGCCCUGCUGCCUCUGAGGACAUAGUUGUUCAGUAAAGAAGGGAUGUUUCAUCAGCAAAUUAGUAUUGACUGUUCUCUUCUUGAUCUAGUGAUUUCUUCAACUGAUAUUAAAUGGGUGAUCGGGGCUGCUAGCACACUUAUCCUCUGAGUCCUCCGCAAGCCUGUUUCAUGUGGGAGAAUAACAGGUAUUUCCUAAGCUCCACAACGUGAUGGCCAAUAAUUAACAAACUGGAUGGCUUCAACAGGGAGCCAGGCCUCUGAUAUAAACGAGCUUUUUGGAUUCUUCAAUGAUGGCGCACCCCCCACCAAAAAGCCCAGGAAGCUGCUUCCCAGCUUAAAAACGAAGAAGCCUCAGGAACUUGUGCUGGUGAUCGGAACAGGCAUUAGUGCUGCGGUUGCCCCUCAGGUCCCAGCCCUGAAGUCCUGGAAGGGCUUAAUUCAGGCCUUACUGGAUGCUGCCAUUGAUUUUGAUCUCCUGGAAGAUGAGGAGAGCAAAAAAUUCCAGAAGUGUCUCCAUGAAGACAAGAACCUUGUUCAUGUUGCCCAUGACCUCAUCCAGAAACUCUCUCCUCGUACCAGUAAUGUUCGAUCCACAUUUUUCAAGGACUGUUUAUAUGAAGUGUUCGAUGACUUGGAGUCAAAGAUGGAAGAUUCUGGGAAACAGCUACUUCAGUCAGUUCUCCACCUGAUGGAAAAUGGAGCCCUAGUAUUAACUACAAAUUUUGAUAAUCUCCUGGAACUCUAUGCAGCAGAUCAGGGAAAACAGCUUGAAUCCCUGGACCUUACUGAUGAGAAAAAGGUUCUUGAGUGGGCUCAGGAGAAGCGGAAGCUGAGCGUGUUGCAUAUCCAUGGAGUCUACACCAACCCCAGUGGCAUCGUCCUACAUCCAGCUGGGUAUCAGAACGUGCUCAGGAACACUGAAGUUAUGAGAGAGAUUCAGAAACUCUACGAAAACAAGUCAUUUCUUUUCCUGGGUUGUGGCUGGACUGUGGAUGACACCACUUUCCAAGCCCUUUUCCUGGAGGCUGUCAAGCAUAAAUCUGACUUAGAACAUUUCAUGCUGGUUCGGAGAGGAGAUGUAGAUGAGUUCAAGAAGCUUCGGGAAGACAUGCUAGACAAAGGGAUUAAAGUCAUCUCCUACGGAAAUGAAUAUGCUGAUCUUCCCGAAUAUUUUAAGCGACUGACAUGUGAGAUCUCAACGAGGGGUAGAUCAGCAGGGACGGUGAGAGGUCAGCUGAAUGGUUCGUCUUCAGCACACAGUGACGUAAGGUACACUAUUUCCUAUUCCAUUUAUCAGUCAGCAGAAAAUGUCGUCCUAGGGCUUAGUGACGACCACGGAGAAUACUGAUUUCUCUCUCCUACUUACCUUUCCUAUUAAGGAUUCUAUUUUCCUAUAUAGUCUAUCACAGAAUUCCUCAUAUCUCUUAUGACUUGUAAAGCAUUAAAAUGCCUAAAUAUCUACAGCUUUAGCUGUGUAAACUGGUUUUGUGAAGUUUCAUUAUCACUGUCCACCUUUUUUCUCCCUCCACAGGCAGUAGUACCUGAGAGGGCCACAGAAGCCACCGUUAGAGCAAGCUGUGAGGCCCUGCCGUGGACAGUGUUUAACAAGUAAACUUACAAGAACCCAGCCAGGAAGUACCAAAAUGCAGAGGCUGAAGGUUGGGGAUAGAGUGGGGGGUGAAUGUUCCAACUUAAUUUUUCACGCUGGCUGGUUCUUGAUAUCCUGCUGCCUGUUCCAGUUCAAGAAUGCCCAGAAGACAACG